AACCCCCCUGAGCACGAGAAGGACCUGAACGUUGCCUUGGAAAAGAUUGAGAAGAUCGAAGGUGUGCUGUCGUACCGGGACGCUCAUUUCUGGAGGCACUCAGCCAGCACCGUGGCAGGAACCAUUCACCUGCAGCUGAUGUCAGACGUGGUGGAGCAGAGGAUCAUACAGCAGGUGACGUCCAUUUUGAAAGAUGCGGGGGUGAACAACCUGUCCAUCCAGGGGGAGAAGGAGGCGUUCUUCCAGCACAUGUCCGGCCUCAGCUCAGGUUUCCAGGAGGUCCUGGCCAUGACUCAGCAGAUGGAGUCCAUGAAAUAUCUGAACGACGGGACAUGCAUCAUGUAAUUUACUUUUGAUUGCGACCAAAUAAAACUUUUACUACUUUCCUCUUUUUUUUUGUUCUUUUGACGUGUAUAGUAUGUAUGCGGUUCAUUUGUAUAAUAAUAAAAAUAUUGAUAUAUGAA